UUAUUAUCACUUCCUUUUUCAUUUUUUGUGGUCUCAACCGUUUUGUACCACUAUAUUCUACCAGCCAUGUUUGUUAUUUUACCAGCAUGAUGUCGUUUUUUUAUGUGAAAGUUAUUCGGAAAUAUAUAAACACAAACACCAGCCGAAGUUCUGUGACGUAAACAAAGAAAUAAGCAUCUAAAUUACAACACUAUUAUUUGUUUGGAGCAGAAAUGCUUUACGGCAUGUUGAUCACUGGACCCGUAUCUUUCCUAAUAAUCCGGGAUGAGCAGCAGUGCAUGUCUUUGUGACUCGUUAUUACAAUAUUUAUUCCAUGUCAUCUGCAAUCUCUACAGCUCCGAUACCGGAAGAGGAGGAUGAAGACCUGAACAAAGCUUUUGGAAUUCAGAGAUUUCAGCAGAUUCUUAGCCCAACACCACGUGAACCGAGCGAGCACCGGCACUACAGCGAGGAAGACUUCCAGUAUCAUCGUCACUCAUCACAUCACACCCGACACUCUCUGUCUAAGCACACCGAUGGUCGGAGGAAAAAAACUGGGAAAAAGAAAAGGAGACACCCGGAUGAUGAUGUCAGCGUCCAGGAAGGAGAGGAAGAGGAAGAAACACACACCGACAAGCCUGAUAAUGAGAGGCAGGACAGUGUACAGUUCUUUUUGUAUGAGGAUGAGGUCUUUCCUGCUGAUGGAGAAAACACAGCUGAAAAAAAACAUACAGAAACACCAAAUGACAUCACCACUGAAAAAGGAGAGCUCACACAUGCUGAGACUGAAACACACAGCGGUGACCCUCUGACUGAUUUAGCUAAGCAGCACAUUGUGACCAUCAACUCAAGCUCUGUGACAUUUCAACCCAGCACUUUGACCUCCUGCAGCCCGACAGGAAGCAUGACGGGAAACGAGAGCACAAAAUACGAGAGGAUUCCUGCAGAUGAGGCAGAGACACACGCACUCGGCACAGCCAGUUUGGACGACAUUAAGACCCACCGUUUUGAGGACGUUCCAGGCGUGAGGAGACACUUGGUGAGGAAAAGCACCAAAGGCAGCAUAGUGCACAUCAACAAAGAUUAUGCUGAGCCGAGCACACGCAGCCGCAAAGUGGACCGCACACCACACGAGGUGUUUGUAGAGCUGAAUGAGCUGAUUGUAGAUAAGAACCAGGAGCUGCAGUGGCGAGAGACAGCACGCUGGAUUAAGUUUGAGGAGGACGUGGAUGAGGAAACACACCGCUGGGGGAAACCGCACAUCGCCUCGCUCUCGUUUCGCAGUUUACUGGAGCUCCGUAAAACCAUUGCACAUGGCACAGUGUUGCUGGAUCUGGAUCAGAAAACAUUAGCUGGAAUUUCUCACCAAGUCGUUGAGCAAAUGAUCAUCACUGACCAAAUCAAAGCCGAAGACAGAGCGAAUGUAUUAAGAGCACUACUGCUAAAACACAGUCAUCCAUGUGAUGAGAAAGAUCACAGCUCAUUCCCUAGAAACAUCUCAACAGCCAGUCUGGGUUCAUUAAUCUCUCAUAACCACCACCACCAUCACCAUCAUCAUCAGACAGAGCCGUCCGUUACAGAGCCGCUGAUGAGGAAUGCAAACACAAAACAUGACAACACACAGCACGCACACCCGGAAACUAUUGAGAAAGAACCUGCUGCAGCUGCUGGCAUGCACAAAUCAAAAUCCAAGCACGAGCUCAAACUGCUGGAAAAAAUUCCCGAAAAUGCAGAAGCCACUGUGGUACUUGUAGGCAGUGUUGAUUUCCUGGACCAGCCCACCAUGGCCUUUGUGCGUUUGGAGGAAGCCGUUUUACUGGACUCAGUUCUGGAGGUUCCGGUUCCUGUGCGGUUCCUCUUCAUCUUACUUGGACCAAACAAUUCCAGCAUGGACUACCACCAGAUUGGACGUUCAAUUUCCACACUGAUGUCUGACAAGUUGUUCCAUGAAGCUGCGUAUCUGGCUGACGAUCGCCAAGACCUUCUAAACGCCAUUAACGCUUUCCUGGACUGCAGCAUUGUUCUUCCUCCUUCUGAUUUUGGGGGCGAAGACCUGCUGCGCUCCAUCACUCACUUCCAGAGAGAUAUAAUAAAAAAACGUGAGGAACAGGAAAUCAGCUUGAUGAACAAUGAACAAAAGAGCCCAGAGGAGAAAGUGUCUCUAUUGGCACAACCUGACCGUGGUGAUGAUGACGACCCACUGAAGCGAUCUGGCCGUCCGUUUGGAGGUUUAGUCCGAGACAUACAACGCAGAUAUCCAAAAUACCUCAGCGACUUCACGGAUGCUUUAAACCCACAGUGCAUGGCGGCCGUUAUAUUUAUUUAUUUCGCUGCUCUUUCUCCUGCCAUAACAUUUGGAGGACUGCUGGGUGAGAAGACAGAGGGUCUGAUUGGUGUGUCUGAGCUCAUCAUUUCCACAUGUGUUCAGGGAGUGCUAUUUUGUCUAUUGGGAGCACAACCACUGCUGGUAGUUGGAUUUUCUGGGCCGUUAUUAGUUUUCGAGGAAGCCUUCUUUACUUUCUGUAAAAGUAACGGUUUGGAUUACCUGGUUGGUCGGGUAUGGAUCGGCUUCUGGCUCAUCAUAAUCGUGGUGCUCAUGGUCGCUUUUGAGGGAAGCUUCCUGGUUCGAUUCGUCUCUCGUUUCACUCAGGAGAUUUUCUCUUUUCUGAUCUCACUCAUCUUCAUCUAUGAGACCUUUUCCAAACUCAUCAAGAUAUUUAAGGAACACCCACUGAAGCGUUGCUCGUUCCUCAACGACUCCAUGCUAAACGACUCGGUUCUAAAUGACUCCUGGAGCUCGCUGGAAGAGAAUUUCACAUCGUCAUCAAUUACAUCAAACAGCAGUUUGAUAGUAAAGGAGAAGAUCGUGGGAGAGCCGAACACAGCACUGCUUUCUCUGGUUCUCAUGGCUGGAACGUUCUUCAUUGCGUUCUACCUGCGCAAAUUCAAAAACAGCGCCUUCUUCCCAGGCAGGCUGAGGAGGGUGAUCGGAGAUUUCGGUGUUCCUAUCGCCAUCUUCAUCAUGGUACUGGUGGAUUACAGUGUCCAGGAUACAUACACACAAAAGCUGAGCGUCCCUCAUGGUUUGUCAGUAACGAGCCCUUUAAAAAGGAGCUGGAUUGUGAACCCUCUCGGCAACUCGUUCCCUGUGUGGAUGAUGGCAGCUAGUGUACUUCCUGCUCUCCUGGUGUUUAUUCUCAUUUUUAUGGAGACACAGAUCACCACGCUGAUUGUGAGUAAAAAAGAGAGAAUGCUGGUUAAAGGUUCAGGUUUCCAUCUGGACCUUCUGCUGAUUGUCAGUCUUGGUGGCACCUGCGCAUUGUUUGGCUUACCGUGGAUGGCGGCCGCGACUGUCAGGUCCGUUACACACGUCAAUGCGCUAACUGUAAUGAGUAACGCUGUCGCCCCUGGUGAUAAGCCACGAAUUCAAGAGGUCAAAGAGCAAAGAGUCACAGGAUUGUUGGUGGCCAUAUUGGUGGGUCUCUCGAUUGUGAUUGGCAAAGUGUUGAGUCUGAUUCCCCUCGCUGUGCUCUUUGGGAUUUUCCUCUACAUGGGAGUGAUGUCACUCAACGGCAUUCAACUCAGCGAAAGGAUGAAACUGCUGCUAAUGCCGACUAAAUAUCAUCCAGACGAAAUCUACGUCCGAAAGGUGCGGACUCUGCGCAUGCACCUCUUCACUGGGAUCCAGUUGGUGUGUUUGGCCAUUUUGUGGGUGGUCAUGUCAACAGCGGCAUCGCUUGCUUUCCCUUUUGUCCUCAUUCUGACCGUCCCUCUAAUGAUGUUCGUCUUACCUCGGAUAUUUACCACACGUGAGAUUCAGUGUCUUGAUUCAGAUGACGCAGAGCCCACGUUCGAUGAGAAAGAGGGAGUGGAUGAGUACACUGAGAUGCACAUGCCCGUGUGAUGCACAUUCACCUAUUCAUGGUGGGAUUUUACUCCCUUUUAUUUCACUGCCAGGGGGAAUCGGAGUGAAGAAAUCGCUGCUUUUUGACUUUACUUUAAAAGCACAAAAACACAGUUAAAAUGUUAUAAUCCAGUUCAGAUUUAUGUAUUGAAUUGAGAAACCAAGUUGGGCUAAAAAAAAAAAAAAAAAAAAGUGAGACAGAGCACAAAAAGUAUUACAGUGUAAUACAUAAACAUGAGUUAUGUAAUAUGUAUUACAUAUUAUCGUAGUAAUUUAUGUAUUCUAAUAUAUUUGAAUCAAAUGUUAUUAUGAUGUUGAUUGGGGGUGUGUGCACACGCGUGUGUGUGUGUGUUUUAGUGCCUGUGUAUGCACUCAAAUCAGUGACUCUAUCGAUGCAUAUGAACAUAUGUAUUUGUAAGUGUUCUCUAUUCUAUUCAAAUUUACACCUUUAAUGCCAAAUUAUCCGUGUUCUGCCUUUAUUGCCAAUGAUGACAAAAUUGUUAGCAGUUUGUUUUGUAAACUAGCAAACAAAUGAAUCAUAACGGAUUAGCCAUAGACACGGAUUUGGCGCAGGGCUCUUUCUUUUAUUCGCCAACACUAUAUAACCAAAGUAUCUAGAGUUUUUUCCAUUAUAUUUUCAAUAUAUUUUAAACAUCUUUAACAGAAUUUGGAAAAAAAAAAAAUCUAUUUUUAAUAUAAGGUAGCUGGCCUACAAUCAGAGAUCUUGUUUCGCACAAUGUUACAGCAUCGCACAACAACUUGUUCAAGUUCAAGUUCAUCGCUAUAGCGCCUUUCACAAUGGACAUUGUCCCAAAGUGGCUUUACAGAACGUAAUACUUAUAGAACCAAAAAAUAUUAUAGAAGUGAAUGAUGUGUAUUUAUCCCUGAUGAGCAGCCUGGGGCGAGUGUUUUUGAAGGAAUAACUCACUUAGAUGAAUGAGGAAGAAACCUUGUGAGGGUUGUAGGGUGAAUCGGGAUGGGUAGAGAAAGAAAUGUUCCUCGUUUCUGAUUGGAAAAGUGAUUUUGUAUGACACUGUCAACAUUUUGUAGCUGAUACAAAAUAAAGUUUUCCUUGCAUUAACAAGGUUAAUAUAGUAUAACGCUGCAGCCGGCUAAUGGUGUUAUUAGCAAUAUAAAGCAAAGCCUUCUAGUUUUGUCUAGCCUAGGCUAUAAGUAGUGUUAGUAAUAAUGUGUAAUGUGUAAACAUGUCUCUGAGAUUGUGUUGUGAUGCUACAUUAUAGCUAGUUCAGAAGUGUAGGGAUAUUUUGUAUACAGAAUUACUAGAACAUUCUAUGAGGGGAAAAAUGACUUAGAUAAUAUUACAACUAAAGUAUGGAACCCACGACACUACCACUAGCUAAAUUUCUAUCUAACUAGCAGCGAACCUAACACUGUAUUUAAUCAUUUAUUUCCAUAAUGCUAAUUAAAGUUUUGGUUAAACAGUAUACUUAGUGGUCACCUAAGAACCCAUACUAUCUCUUCUGAGUUACAGUGUUAGCUGUCCCAGUUAUGGACUACAAUAGCCCUUCAAUUUAUUUAACACUUUAUAUUUUUUUCAAAUUUUGAAAGAGUAAUAGUGCCUCAAACUUCUCAGCUUGCUAUUUAUUCAUGCCUUUGUCGUAAUGCUAUCUAGGCUUUCAGGUCCACUAAUCACAUGGUCAACUACAGGAUAACAAAUUUACACUAUUAAUACCAACUGUUACUUUAGGAUUUGUAUUCCUUUAUUUAUGCAAGGGAAUCAUGGUGGUGAAAGAAUUGUAAACAAUCUUGUAUUUUUGUUGUAAUAAAUCUGUUUGUUAACCGA